AUGAGUGCCGAUGGCGAGCAGCUGUCAAACGCAUCAGAUCCUCAAAACAGGAUUGGCCAAACACCACUGCACUUGGCCUGCCUAUACGGUCAUGUCAAGGUGGAAGAGAUGCUGUUGAAGCACGGCGCUGAUGCUACAGCCAAGGACGUUGUCAGUACAAUUGGCCAAACACCACUGCACUUGGCCUGCCUAUACGGUCAUGUCAAGGUGGAAGAGAUGCUGUUGAAGCACGGCGCUGAUGCUAAAGCCAAGAGCAACGUCAGUACAGUGCCGCCCUCUUCCCCCUUUCCCCCCAUGAUGGUACACCUGUACCACAUGAUGAUGAUGCUGAUGCUGAUGCUGUGCCUGUGCAAAAUGCUGAUGCGUCGUCCCACAGCAUGGUGA